AUGUCAGGUGCUGGUAAUCGUGAACAAGUUUUCCCUACUCGUAUGACUUUAGGUCUCAUGAAGAGUAAAUUAAAAGGGGCUCAACAAGGACAUUCAUUAUUGAAAAGGAAAUCUGAAGCAUUAACUAAAAGAUUUAGAGAUAUAACUCAAAGAAUUGAUGAAGCUAAAAGAAAGAUGGGUAGAGUUAUGCAAACAGCUGCAUUUUCUUUAGCUGAAGUUCAAUACGCUACUGGUGAUAAUAUUUCUUAUCAAGUUCAAGAAUCUGUAUCAAAAGCAAGAUUUCAAGUUAAAGCAAAACAAGAAAAUGUUUCUGGUGUUUUCUUACCAACUUUUGAAAGUCAUAUCAAUGAAGAUGUCAAUGAUUUCAAAUUAACUGCCCUUGCAAGAGGUGGUCAACAAGUUCAAAAGGCUAAAUUGAUUUAUACCAAAGCAGUUGAAACAUUAGUUGAAUUGGCUUCUUUACAAACUGCAUUUAUUAUUUUGGAUGAAGUUAUCAAGAUUACAAAUAGAAGAGUCAAUGCCAUUGAACAUGUUAUCAUUCCAAGAACAGAAAAUACUAUUGCUUAUAUUAACGGUGAGCUUGAUGAAAUGGAUCGUGAAGAAUUUUAUAGAUUGAAAAAAGUUCAAGAAAAGAAACAAGAAGCUGCUGCUGCUGCUGAAGCAGAAGAUAAUUUGAAAGCAGCUCUUGCAGAAGGUGAAACGAAUGAACAAGAAAUUCAACAAGAAGUUGAAGCUUUGGAUAUUAAAGCAGAUGAGAAGAGCGCAGAAGCAGAUAUUCUUCAAGAAAAGGAAGAUGACGUUAUAUUCUAA